AUCCUUUAAUAGCUAGACAAGAAUGGCGACAGGUCAUGACAAACAUCGGACGAGCUGCCGUUGUGCCCUCAAUUCCUCCUACAAUUGUUGAUAACGAGUUAGUCACGGAAGAUGCAUCAAAUAAUUCACUCAUGCCUACCUCAAAUGAUACUGAUCAAGAUGACUCGCCCGUACUAGCUCCAACUCUGGCUUCUGAAGAUACAAACAGUGCUCCGAUCAUGCCCACUGAUCGUCCAACUGAACCUACUGACGAUUCGCGUGUUGCUCUCUCUUCUGGUAAUGAUGUGAUUAUCAGUCAUCAUGUUGAUAAUAUCGAUCCUGUGGAAACAGAACAGCCCAAUACCACUAUCAUAGAAUCUGAUGAAAUACAACCUGUUGCAAAUCCCACAACCGUAACCGUACCUUCUCACUCGUCUUCUCCUAUAUUGCCCUCGUUAGCCCUUCCAGAUCAAACCACUGAUACCUCUAUACUUACGAGCUUUGUACCUAACUACGACAACUCGAUUGACUCUAGUACGUUGCCUUCUGCUGACAGUGAAGUAUUCGUUGAUGCUCAAGAAGAUGUGCCUGUUCACCCUUGGGAUCUCCCUGAAUCAGAAUUCAAUUUUGAUAUCGAUGUCGAUGAUUUAGACGAUUCUGAUGACCAUACUGUUCAAGAAUUCCCACCUGUUUUCAAUUGUUGUGAGAUGAAGAGAGAGUAGAUAUUCAAUAAGAGAAAAGGUAAGAACACAGAGAAAGUCCGUUAGAACUUGUAUAGGUUUUUAUUUCUCCAAGAAAAAUGUUAUCUUUCAAUUGCUAUAAAAUGUCAAGAUCAGGAGCAAUUAAGAGAAAUGCCUUUAGAGGAAGUUGUCAGCUCAGCCAAUAGUACAUGAUCUGACCUGAACUUGAAUAAACUAUUACAUAUUUGUUAAAUGCCAA